GAGAAACAUAUUCGAUUCCAGCGGGUAUAUUUGAAAAAAGAUGGCUCUGUCACGUCGCAAAAAAAGUAAACUAAACUGGAACUGUGUUUAUACUAUAUACCGUAGUGGAAGGUAGCAGAGUUCAAGUCUGGCAAUUGUUGCUCACCAAUUUAAAUACUUUCAGUACAAUGAGAUCAACGUAACACUAGAACUGUAAUUAUAAAAAAUAGAUCAUUUCGCUGGUUUCCUUAUUUGGUGAAGCCAAAUGCUGCCUCGAUCAAGAAUUAUUUUACAGGCUGGGAGUCUUGUACUAUUUCUGGUGUCUGCAGUUUCAUGGUUUUACUGGACAAAUAAUGACCGGUUUGAACUACGUGACAGUAAUUCAUGUACUAAAGACUGCGUGCCGAACAUUGUACACUACAUAAUAUUUGGUAAAAAUUCACUUGACUUUAUAUCGUAUCUGAGUAUCCUGUCUGUGUUAAAGGUGCAGAAACCAGAGCAGCUCUUAAUACAUUCUGACAGCCCAGAUUUUGAAGGGAAUUACUGGUUGGCUAUUAAGUCAGCACCAUUUAAUGACACCAGUAUCCAUGUGUCUCUUCUUGAGCAACCAACACACGUGUUUGGUCAACGAUUGAGUUCAGUGUAUCAUUCUGCAGAUGUUGCAAGGAUUCAGAUACUGAUGCAGCAUGGAGGAAUUUAUUUGGACACAGACAUGCUUGUUCUACGUUCUCUAGAUAGAUACAGAAAUUCUGAAAUGGUUGUUGCAUGGCCAUAUGGUGAAUACAUUGGAAAUCAGAUUCUCAUUGCCAGCAAGAAUGCAAAGUUUCUGUCAAUGUGGCUUAAUAGCUACAGGAGCUACCACCCAAGGGAAUGGUACUAUAAUGCUGGGAAAGUACCAACAGAACAGAUAUUACAGAAGCAUCCUGAGCUAGCUCACCGUGAACAUUUCGCAUUUGGUGUUACUAAUCUGGGUGCCAAUCUGUAUGGUGCUUCUCCAUGGCCACAGUGGAGACUUUUAUCUGCAGUUCACUUGUUAAGUAGGCACCCUCCUGCACCACAACAUUUAGAUGAGAAGUUUGUUCGUACUUAUCGCUCUCCAUUUGGAGAAAUUUCUCGAUGGUUAUUAUACAAACUGAAGCCGAGGGUUGUUAUCCCUAAUUCAAAUGUCUCUACUGCUUCUGUGUGAUUGCUGCCAAUAUAUCUUUUGUACCUAACAUUUGAAAUGAGAAGCUGUAUUUUGUAUUUUGCAUUGUGCCUUUAAUGGAGUGUGAAAACAUGGAAGUGAUGCCUGGAUUUCGCUUACAGUUCUACUUUUUGCAAAUAAAACAGAAUAUAGCAUUUUUAUGUA